UGGGAAUUCUGUGUAGCGUACGUUUCACAUUUUCUAGUGUUCAUGCGCUAAUAAUAUUCCUGUACAGUUGGUGGCAGUAAUUCAUAUUGUGGCAGUAAGUGACAUUCUUGAGGAGAAAGCCUACCAAAGAAGAAGAAAAUGGAUCCAGGAAGUGAAAGCUAGCUAGCCGUCUGUCUUGUGUAAUAUGUCUAGUUUUCAUGUUUCGCGACGAUAAAUAUUUCAUUAUAUUAGGUAGAUUUAGAUUAUAGGAAGAAAUGCCUCUGCUAAUACAAAAUAGAAGAAUCGAACGACCAGGUUCGACAGUCGAUUUGUUCGCCAGAUAUCCGCAUUUACAGGAAAACGCCCGAGUAUUUAGGUCCAAGACGAUUGUAGAUGUCGACCCAAAGUGCCUCCUAUACAUACAGCAAAGAGAGUUUGCAGCCACAACACCAGCGGACAACUCUGUCGCUGUCCUUGGUUCUGAUGAUGCAACCACCUGCCACCUAGUUCUGGUGCGACACACAGGAAGCGGAGCUGCUUGCCUUGCUCACUGUGAUGGCUCCAGCACGUGGAGUGAGGUUCCCCUCAUCGUCAAAGCUGUCACAUCUCUGAGCAAGGACCCUGCCAAGGAGGGCAGGCUGGAGCUCCACCUCGUUGGAGGAUUUGAUGAUGAGUCAAAGACGUCCCACAAACUCAGCCUUAGCCUAUUGUCGGCCUUCCAGAGACAGAAAGAGGAUAUUCACCUAGAGACCUGCUGCAUCACAGAGAUGAAUGACAGCUUAGUGGACGGAGCGCACAGACCAGUGGUGUAUGGAAUAGGUAUAAAUAUGAAAACAGGGGAGGUGUUCCCUGCCUCGUUCCCUUACAAAGGACCCGCGGAGGAGCUGCGAUCUGCACGGACCUUCACUGGGGGCCAGAUGGCUGAUAUAUAUGACUCGAGCAAAGGAGAAGUGAAGAUAGGCCCAUGUAAGUGGUCCCCGAAUCUGGAUAUUUCCUUCUGGCUGUCGCAAGACGAUGACACCAUCUUAAAGUACCUAUCCACGUCCCCUAUGGCUGAGCCUCCGCACUUUGUCCAGCACAUCAAGUCCACCAUCCAGUUCCUCCUGGAGCACCCCAGUUCAGAUAGCGUCUUCCCUGGAGGACAGCCCCAGCAGUACCGCAGGACAGAGCAAGGGGACUGGGAGAACGUUAACCAGACAUAAAAGGCUUGAGUCUCUUCUCCAACGCACUUUACUUUGACUUUCCAUGGAAUCUGCCCGGAAAUGAAAUCACUCCUUAACUUCUGGAAGAAAGACACUGUGACCCUCCUCCUUAUGCCAUUGUGGGCGGCACAUCUGUUAUUGUUAUUGUUUGUUUGACUCGGUACCGGUACCCCUUGUAUAUAGCCUUGUUAUUGUUAUUUUAUUGUUGC